GACAUUCCUUUUGAUUUAAUUCAAUUUUUUCGCUGUUAAUUAUAUUAUUUAAUUAUAAAUUAUGUUUAUUCGUGUAAUGAAAUGUGGUUUUUAUGUGUUUCGUGUAAAGUGCAAAUGAAAAGUGAUGAAAAUUUUAACUUUUUGUUUGGAAAUCAAAGCAAGCAUUGAAAUCCAUAAGACGUAGUCAAGAAGAAGGGAGGAAGCCAAGCAGCACCACCAACGGCCAGAAAGAACGGGUGUGGAGCUUAGCUGUGUAACAACAAAGAGAUUUUCUACUUUUUUUCUGGUUAUUAGCGGGUUUUGUGCGCACUGGGCGGAGGUAAAUAAUAAAGUCAACAAACUGCGACGGGAAAUUCACAUCGUUGGCAUAGGAAUUUCACGAAUUUUCACCUUUUAUUGUAGUACGUAGUAGCUGUUAAUACACCGGAGAUAGUACACUUAUUGCAACAAAAUGUUCUCAAAGAAGAAGAAGAAACCAUUAAUAUCUAUGCCAAGUAAUUUCGAGCAUCGCGUGCACACUGGAUUUGACAAACGUGAGGGACGGUACGUCGGUUUACCGCUACAAUGGGCUUCCAUCGUUGGCAACAAUCAAAUAUUGAAGUCAACAAAUAGGCCGUUACCUUUGGUUGAUCCAUCUGAAAUAACACCGACAGAAAUUCUCGACUUGAAGACAAUUGUGCGACCGCAUCACAAUAACAACAAAGCGGAUACAACUUCAUUAAAUAGUAGCAUAGCGCCGAACGUCAGCGCUGCUUUAGGCAAUCACCAAACAGCGCAUGCGCAUUAUUUUACCGAGCAUAAUAACACCUCUGCUAAUCCAGGCGCUGCAACAGCUGGAUUAGGACAUCAAACAGGUGGCAUUGUACUACCGAAAACGUCACAUGUAGCUCGGUCGAAUUCUUUGCGCAGCUCGAGUCCCCCGCGCGUACGGCGUGACUUGCGCGGCAAUGCAAAUGUACCUCCCGCAGUACCAGAGGAAAGUUCAUCGACACCAGCGCCAACACCAGUGCCCGGUCAAAUAUUACCCUACGGUGGCUUUAAACCACCAACACUCGGCGCAUUAACAGGUGGCACACAGGGUUAUUUACAACAGUCAACACAUGGCAUGCAUCCCACCCAGAAUGGUGGUGGUCAUGGACCGCUUGCGGUACGCACUGAUUUUACCACAGGUCAACAACAACAACAACAACAGCCGCCUACAGGUCAAACUCAACCACCACACGGCAGCGUGGCGACAAUGAGUGGCCCGCACUACCGCGGUGGACCACCGCCUCACCAUCUCGCCGUUAGUGGACAACCGCCACAGACGUCGCCAGUAGGUUCUGUGGCCAGCGGAUCACGGUCAACACACUCACACGCCUCCUCCGCACAUACACAUAUACAUAAUGCAAAUUUAAAUAAUAAUAACGGUGGCAGCGGUUUCACACCAUAUCAACCUGGCGCCAUACAACAACACACUGCGAAACAUAUGGGCACGCUGGCCGAUCAAAACCAAAAUCCACAUAACACACAUCCGCACCUGCAUGCGAAAUCGGCAUCGCGUGCUUCAAGCUCAAGUGGCGGCGCAAGCGGUGUAGGAAGUGGUUCAGGCAACGCGGGAGGACUUGGCGCCGCACCACCGUCCAAACAGGAACAGCGGUUGACGCACGAACAGUUCCGCGCCGCUUUGCAAAUGGUCGUUUCAGCUGGUGACCCGCGUGAAAAUCUAGACAACUUCAUGAAAAUAGGUGAAGGCUCAACAGGCACUGUGUGUAUAGCCACUGACAAAUCAACUGGUCGUCAAGUGGCUGUUAAAAAAAUGGAUUUACGCAAACAACAGCGGCGAGAGCUACUUUUCAACGAAGUCGUCAUUAUGCGCGAUUACCACCAUCCGAAUAUUGUCGAGACCUACUCCAGCUUUUUAGUGAACGAUGAACUCUGGGUGGUUAUGGAGUAUUUGGAGGGCGGGGCACUUACCGAUAUUGUCACACAUUCACGCAUGGAUGAGGAGCAAAUCGCAACAGUCUGCAAGCAAUGCCUCAAAGCGUUAGCGUAUUUGCACUCGCAGGGUGUCAUACAUCGCGACAUCAAAUCCGAUUCCAUACUCUUGGCAGCUGAUGGACGUGUAAAGCUCUCGGAUUUCGGGUUUUGUGCGCAAGUCUCACAAGAGCUGCCGAAGCGUAAGUCACUCGUUGGCACACCCUAUUGGAUGUCGCCGGAGGUUAUUUCACGUUUGCCAUACGGUCCCGAAGUCGAUAUCUGGUCACUCGGUAUUAUGGUUAUCGAGAUGGUGGACGGUGAGCCGCCCUUCUUCAAUGAACCGCCACUGCAGGCGAUGCGUCGCAUACGGGACAUGCAACCGCCGAAUCUAAAGAAUGCCCACAAGGUGUCGCCGCGUCUACAGUCAUUCUUGGAUCGCAUGCUGGUACGUGAUCCGGCGCAACGUGCGACAGCCGCAGAACUGUUGGCGCAUCCGUUCUUACGACAAGCGGGUCCACCAUCGUUAUUAGUGCCUUUAAUGCGGAACACAAGGCAACAUUGAAACGAAGAAAAUCGAAUAUAUGACGUCUAAAGCUUGCUCUACAGCGUCGUCAUCAUCAUGAUCGUUGUUAUACCACACUUCAGUCCAAAUAUUCACACACACACACACAAUGCCACACAUACAACAUGUACAUUCAUACAUAGGUUUCUUGAAAGCGCGCGUUCAUUUUGGCAACUACUUAAGCAGCCCAACAUUUUUUAAAGUAUUACUUAAAAUCUCUUUGGAAUUAUUAUGGUUUUUUUUUCGUAUGUUCUCUUAGAUUAGACAUUAAUAAUAGUUUAAUGUUUAAUUAUAUUUAGCUCUUUUUAAUUUUGUUUUCCAGUCGUAAAGCUUUUUUUUUUUUGUUGUUUAUAAGAUAUGUUUCCUUAACAAAGCAAAAACUCCUUUCAAACACAAUAUUGCCUAAUUAUUUAUUGCAUAUUGUGUACUUAAGACGUCAACAUUUUUUGCAUUUAUAAAAAAAUAUUCUUAAGUAGCCUAAAAACAAAACAUUCCCCGCUUCACUGAUACAGUUUUAUUGUAUCUUCGCUAAAUAAGUCUCCAAAAUGGCAGCUAUGACCUUGCACCAGUCGAAACUGUGUAUACUUGAAAUUUUGGAAAGCGAAAAGAAAUUAUAUAAUUAUUUAAAAGAAAAUUAACGAGACUUAAGCAAUAUGAAAACAUAUUUUAAAAAUAAGCUUUACAGUCUUGGAAAGCAACGGCCUUUAUACAUGCCUACAUAUAUUCGUAAUAUUAGUAAAAAA